UGUCCUCAUAUCCCACAAUUCUACUGUGAGCUGCUCAGUGUGUCUGAUAGGCCAGUGAGAGGGGAACUGCAGCAGAGUAGCACCGCUGUCAGGAAACACAAGCCCACUACGAAUGCAACUCGCACACCCAGCUGUAGGAGGACGGUUUGACUGUGUGAUUUACCAUGACAACUGAGUCAGGCGCAGACUCUGAGGCCAAGCAGCUGCAGGAGAACAAGGAGACACAGAAGGGGAAAGGCAAAGCAGCAUCCCAGCCCAGCCAGGCAGCAGCCGAACCCACCUCUCCACAGAACCAGCCGGAGCAGCUUCCAGCCGCAGCCGGACACAGCACCCCAGCCAGGAAAGAGCAGGAACAGGCAGAAGAGGAUCUGGUAUCCCACAGGUCGUCCACCAGUCGUCUGUCCAGGUCUCCUUUGAGAGGAGUCAAGAAAGUGAAGAUCAUGCAGUGUAAAAUCACCCUGCUGGACGGUUCUGACUACACGCUCAAUGUAGAGAAACGAGUCAAAGGCCAUGUGCUCUUUGAUAAAGUGUGUGAUCACCUCAACCUACUGGAGAAAGACUAUUUUGGCAUAACAUACAGAGAUAUGGAAAAUCAGAAGAAUUGGCUGGAUCCUUCCAAGGAGCUAAAGAAGCAGAUCAGGACUGGUCCCUGGAACUUUGCUUUCAACGUGAAGUUUUACCCACCAGACCCCUCCCAGCUGACCGAGGACAUCACAAGGUACUACUUGUGCUUGCAGCUAAGGGAUGAUGUAGUUUCGGGUCGCCUUCCCUGCUCCUUUGCCACCCACACGGUGCUGGGCUCCUACACAGUGCAGUCUGAACUAGGAGACUAUGACCCUGAGGAGCUGGGCAGCGACUACAUCAGCGAGCUGCGCUUUGCACCCAACCAAACCAAAGAGCUGGAGGAGAAGGUCAUGGAACUUCACAAGACCUACAAGGGGAUGACACCAGCUGAAGCAGAGAUGCACUUCCUGGAAAAUGCUAAGAAGCUGUCUAUGUAUGGUGUGGACCUCCACCAUGCUAAGUUGGUAGGGAGUCUCUAUGAAAGCUUGGCUCCAGCUGAGGGAGAGGACUCUGAAGGUGUGGAGAUCAUGCUGGGAGUUUGUGCAAGUGGCCUCCUCAUCUACAGAGACAGGUUGCGGAUCAACAGAUUUGCCUGGCCCAAAAUCCUCAAGAUAUCCUACAAGAGGAAUAACUUUUACAUCAAAAUCAGGCCUGGCGAGUUUGAGCAGUUUGAAAGCACAAUUGGUUUCAAACUUCCCAAUCACCGUGCUGCCAAAAGGCUUUGGAAGGUCUGCGUGGAACACCACACCUUCUUCAGACUUGUAUCCCCUGAGGCGCCCCCAAAGAAGUUCCUGAGCCUCGGCUCCAAGUUUCGCUACAGUGGCAGAACACAGGCUCAGACCCGUAGGGCCAGCUCUCAGAUCAUCAGACCUGCUCCAUUCUUCGAACGCUCCUCUAGCAAACGCUACAACAUGUCCCGCAGCCUAGAUGGAGCUCCCAUUAUGGAAAACCAUGAGACUCUGAUGAAGGACAAUGCCGUGGCCAAAGUAAUCACCAAGGGAGACAUUAUUACCGCAGUAACAACAGAGAAGAAGGUCGAGGAAGACAAGUCAGAGCAAGAGGACACUCACAAAGAUGCAGCAGAGACACCAGAAGCCGUGGCCACAACACCACUCAGACAAGACACAAAGUGCUCCCCUCAUGUAUACACAGCCGACCCCCUUCCUUCAGAGCUCUCACUCCCCUCAUCCCCUGUUUCAUCAACUAAAAUACGGCGGAGGCGCAGGGAGAACGCUCGUAAGCGGGCCUCAUCAGUCAGUCCAGCCAAAAGCAGCACUGGGUGCCGCCGCCGGCAAGCUCAUGCUGACCGCAAAGCCGCCCUGCUGGAGGAGCAGGCGCUGCUGCUCUCAGCCCGCAAGCAGAGACUGGAGCAGGGCAAGAGUCGUGGUGGCACACUCUUCUCCUUCUCCUUGCACCUGCCCGACCUGUCCUCCAUCCUGGAUGAGGAUGGCUAUAUCACCUUCCCCGAUCUGUCAGAGAUGCGUUUCCUCCCUGAGUGCGCGCAGAACUUCCUCCCUAUUAAGUCACCGUCACUCAUCCCCUGCUUCCUCUUCAUCUUCUUCUUUCUGCUCUCCACCUCUUUUUCUGUCCCCUAUGCCCUCACUCUCUCCUUCCCACUGGCGCUGUGCCUCUGCUACCUGGAGCCCAAGGCAGCCUCCCUGACCGCUUCCAUAGCCCAGGGCUACCAUGACCAUGACAGUUCAGAGGAAGAAGAGACUGACAGCGAACAAACUGACUUUGCCUUUGAUGGAGAGAUGACUGCCACAGAGUCGGAAGCUGAUGAGGACUCUGAAAUGCAGACUCAGUAUAGUUUCAUAAGACGAGUUAAAGGGGAAAACGUUUUUAUCAAGCAUAGUAAUCUGAUGCUAGAGGAUACGGAGCCUUCAGCAGAGGUUGUCAAGCACCAGACCAACAUCAGCGAGCUGAAGCGCUCCUUCCUGGAGACUGGCGGCAGCACACCAGGUCUGACCGAGUGGGAGAAGAGACUUUCCUCGUCCCCUGUGCACUCACCCAGAGCACAUGAAGCACCAAUGAUAGAGCCGUUGGAGCCACAGGAUACUAACGAUGAGCAACCAACUGGAGAUGAGGCAAAAGAGGAAGUGAAUGCUAAGGCCACUGAGGCAGCAGGAUAUCUGGUGAAAUACGUGGUGGAUAGUAUCAUAACAGAUGGGGCCACCUCCUCGGGGCCUCAUGGGAUUAGUUUAUCAACCACUAUGGACGACGACGUCUUCAUGGAUGGGACUCUGAAGGAGGUGGAAGAGAAAACACCCGACUCCCAGGACGAGGUGUCAGAGAGGUCGGUGGUGAAAGUCAGUCCUGGAGCUGUGAGGCAGGAAGUGUCCCAGGCCAUCAGUGAUAAGAAAGGGACGCUUAUUAUUUUGAAGGAUGCGGAGGACAAAGAGGACACUGAGGGCAAAGAGACGAGUACUUUAGAUGAAAAAGAGAAAUCUGUUGUUCCGAGAGAGUAUGAAACUGACAAGAAUGACACGCUGCCUGCAUCGAUAGGGAAAGAAAUGUUCAAAGCAGACACGUCUGUUGUUGCAGAAGCCCAAACUACAGAAGUCAAGAUGCUCAGUCCAAAGGUGGAGAUAAAAACUGAUGACAUGAUUCCGCUUAAAGGUAUUGACUCACCUAAAAAGGCCAUGGCGUCAUGGAUUUCUGAGGAGGUGAAGACAGAGGCCUCAGAGGUCAUCAGUGUCUCAGCAAAGGAGAUGAAAACUUCUGAUGGGCUGCAGGAGAAUGCAGAAAUCUUCACCUUUGAAGACGUCCGGUCUGAGCAGUCAGAGUCCAACCUGGUUCAAAUUACAGUUUCAGAAUCUUCAACUGCAUCUUUAGCUGUGUCUACGUUGGGAUGGGUUUCCUCAUCUCAAAAGGCAUCACCUGAUCAGCAGGAGAAGGCAGUGGUUGCCGUGGAGACAGAAGCAGAAUCAGCCAAAUUGACAGCACCAACGAGUCCUGACGUUGUGGAGGUGGCUACCAAAGACAUGCCUGUGGUCCACACAGAGACAAAGACUAUCACCUAUGAAGCUGCAGAGGUUGACACGAAUGGUGACGCAGACCCUGGGGUGUUGCUGAGUGCCCAGACCAUCACCUCGGAAACUACCAGCACCACAACAACUACACACAUCACAAAGACGGUGAAAGGAGGAAUAUCUGAGACGAGAAUCGAGAAGAGGAUCGUCAUCACCGGAGAUGCAGACAUCGACCAUGAUGAGGCUCUGGCUCAGGCCAUAAAGGAGGCUAAAGAACAGCAUCCUGACAUGUCAGUGACCAAAGUAGUGGUACAUAAAGAGACAGAGAUCACGCCAGAGGAGGGGGAGGACUGACCCAGGAAUAACAGAGAUGGCUGUUUUCCGUUCAACCUCUCAGAAUCCAACAUCCAGAACUCCACAUAUUACAUCAGGACCCUCUGAAGACUAUAAAGGCUCCUACUCUCCAAAUGCUGCAGCUCGCUGCUCGUCGCAACCAUCACAAAACAAAUAAAGUGCAUUUUGCAUGAGAAGGGACGCAAUGUUGCAUUUUCAAACUAAUGGCAAGAUCCAACUUUCAAAAUGGUUCUCAGUCCAUCUGCACCCCAAAUUCCCGUGUGCAGCAGGCAAAUGUGUUUUCACUGUGCUAUGACUUUAAUGCGUUUUUAUGAUGAUUAAGAAUAAUUAUUGUAGCAGAGCAGCAUUUUAUUUAUGAAGCAAAGCCAUCACUCCAGAAACUUAAAUUUGCUGUAGACUGUAUGUGUUAGAGAGCAUACACUAUUUAACCUUGCAGUAAAAGUGCCAAUCUUAUUUGCAAGCAAGCAUCACCUCACUCCUUCUGGCAACACAAUGAUUUUCCAUCAGGUAGGCUGCCACAGAAAUCACUACAGCUCUGUACUGUACAUAUCGAAGCUUUCCUAGGAGAAUAGCAAAUUAUCCUUCACAGUUGAUUUCUCUCAUGUCUACUUGAAAUUUGACUUUUUAUUUUAAUUUCAGUGUUUUAUUGUUUGUCAUUGAUUAUACCACUGCAACAUUUGUCGAGAAAGUCUAUUUUAGCAAACGCCAACAUGCUGUGCUGUGCAAGAAAUAGAUUUUUAUGUGCCUGUGUAGGCUUUGAACUCGGUCCAGGGUAGAAGAUCGGCUGCAGCACAAGUCCCAGGUUUGUGUGACUGUGAGGCUAAGGGCUCAGACUGCCGAGCUCUGCCCGAACUAGACGCAAAGCCAAGAGAGAUCUUUCCUUCACCUCCCCCGAACAUGUCAGCUGUAUGCCUCCCUUAUCUGUAUCUGUAUUCAGGUAUCUGAAUAACUGAGUAUUGUUCAUGUACAGCCAUGUUUUGCUCAAAAUGGUGAAAUAAAAAUGGUUAAUGCAUUGA